AUGGAGUUAGUAAUAUUGAGAGCGAGAUCCCAACUGAAUCGUCUCGUGUCGGAGAGGCGUUCGAGUAAGGAGCGCGAAUCGCGCGCGGGUGGCGGCGGGGGCGCGCGGGCGUCGGGGCGCGAGCGCAGCAUGGCGCCCGUCGCGCCCGCGCCGGUGUCCGCCGCGCCCUGGCUCAACGCGACCCUCGCCUACAACCUCUCCCGUCUUAACUCCACCUUCGACACUGAUUACGAACUCCUCAACGGCAGCUCCACUGACGAACAUGACAAUCAUUGGUUCUGCGCGAAGUGGACUAGCGCUCAACAGGAUCUCUUCCAGGCGGCAAAUUUAUGCUUCGCCAUCGCAUUCCUAGCGCCGAAGAGUUUCAAACAGAGCAUAUUGGUGCUACGCGCGCUGGCGGCGGCCGGCGCGGUGCUCAUGGGCAUGUGGGCGGGCGCCGAAGUGUGCGCGCCCGAUGUUCUAGCCUGGAGCCUAGCUUUAGUUCUAGUCAACUCCAUACACACUGUCUUCUUAAUUAUAAGGUUUUUACCACCGGCCUUAUCUCUAGAGCUGACCGAUUUGUACCUGAAACUUUUUAAGCCUCUUAAGAUAAGUAAAAAACAUUUUCAAGAGCUAACUAGAGAAGCACGUAUUGUCAGGCUAGAACCAGGAGAAGCCUAUGCUGUAGAAGAAGUGACGCCGGCAGAUGAACGACUAUCAAUAUUACUGAAGGGAAAAAUGAAAGUGAGUUGUGACGAAACGCAUCUUCACUACAUACAGCCCUACCAAUUCGUGGAUUCACCUGAAUGGGAGGCGAAUCGGGAACAAUCUGAUGACGUAUUCCAGGUGACUGUGAUUGCGGAAGAAGUGUGUACAUGUGUCUGUUGGCCUCGAAUGAGGCUAGAACGAGUGCUUCGGCAUCGGCCUUCGUUAAAAGUUGUACUGGACUGUCUUAUAGGAAAGGAUAUAACGCACAAGCUAUACUCCGUAAGUGAAGGCCUUGGGUUAGGUACAUCAGGAGAAAACGAAGGACCACCAGCACAUCUUACGCGGUCAGCUAGCGUUGAUGCUGUGCACGAAGGCGCAAGGGGACGACUGAGAAGUUUAGCUUGGCGGACACAUACUCCAGCCACAAGAGGGAAUUCAUACUGGCAGCCAGUGGUCGCCCGGCAAUUCCUGCGACAGUCCCCGUUCGGGCGGAGCGUGAUACCGCCACCGCGGCUGCUGGCGCAGGCGUCGUCCGCGAGCCUGCAGCCGCCGGUGCGCAAGCGCAGCCCGCCGCGGCGCACGGCGUCCUUCCGCCGCAGCCGCGAGGUGAAGUUCGCGGAGGUGCCCACGGCGCCCGAGCCGGCCGUGUGACGCGGGCCGCGGCCCCAGCCCGAGCUGGUGCCGCUCGUCGCGCCCGCCGCCCCCGCGCCCGCGCCCCCCGCACCGCCCGCCCCGCCCUCCCCCUGACCGACGGCCCGACUGCCCACCACAGACUUCUAACGGACCACGGACAACGACUCGUUGUGAAACUCCUUGUUGUUUACUUUUGAACGUAUAUUAUCGUUGACUAAAGAGCUUCCUGUUGAUGACGUUUGAUAAAAAUUAACGUUUUUCGUUUAAUCGUGAAUUAGUAUGAAGUGAAAGUGAAAUGAAAUUUAUGCACUCAAACGAUGCCUAGUGUUAAGUGAUACGAAGAUCACGAUGGAAACUGAACCUUAACUGAUAUGAAGUGAGAUAAUUGAAAUUUAAAUAAUGUGUGAGAAAGUAGACUUAUAGCUAGUAUGUAAUAUUUUUCUCCAUUGUUGUAUUUAUUUAAGUUGCAAUUCGCUCAACCGUCGCACAAUAUUUAUACUUUAAGUAGCAAUUCAGUGUAACGCAAUGUUUUCUAUCACAGUGCUAUCGAUAAAAAUAUAUGUUUUUACAAAUACAAAAAAAAUACUGUAUGAAAAUUAUUCUACGAAUAUUUUUUAUACAUCCAUACAAAAUUGUCGUAAACUAAUUUUUAACUGAUGUUAAAUUUAGUUCCACAUUUAAUACAGUAUUAUAUUUUUAACUGUCAACUGGGCUUAGAAACAAUGCGGUUUUCAUUAAAAUUUGUUUCUUCCUUAUUUUAAAAUAUCUGUUUAAUAAUUUUUUUUUUAUAAAUAAAACUUUAAACUUGGUCUGUGUUUGCUUGAAAAAGACAUUAAAUUAUAUUUCUUUACAUUAGUUGAAUAAUAUAUAAAGUUUAUAUUAAUAAACGCUUUAUAUGAUAAUGAUAGGCUAUAACCUCAGACUGAAAUGUUUUAUAAGUAUCAAAUUAAACAUAAAACAGUCAUGAUAUGAUUUUAUAUUAAAUAUUGAAGAGAGAAAUCAGAUUUUAGAUUGGGCUUUAAAAAAUAAAUAAUAUUAUUAGUUAUUAAAAUGCUGUAAUGUAUGUUUACGUUUAUAAUUAUUAUUAAUGUAUAAUUUAGUUUUAUGUAUAAUUAACAAUAAAUUCGUUAGGUAUUAUAUUCUGUUCUGCCGGUGUUUAUAAUUUUAAACGUUGUUUAACAAUAGCAUCAACUUCACCCCAUUUUUUUAUAGAAAAUUUUUGUUUAGCAAUAACCUAAUAAUUUUUACCGCAGACAAAAAAACUUGUGGUAUUAAUUAGCUGUUAUUAUAAGUUAUAACAUACUUAUGUGAUAAAAUAUUUUUACUGUUGCAAUAUUUACCUAGAUAUACCUAUUAUUAUUUUCAUAAACACACGGAUCGUGCAUUUUGAAAUAUUUAUAGAUACGUGUUUUUAUGAAUUCUAGUGGAUAAGAUCAAGAAGAAGGUUUGAACCAUUCGAUCACAAUUAACAACACAAAAGAACGUCACAAAAGCACUACUUAAGUCAAACAGUUUAAGAUAAAAUAUAAACCAAAUCGCACCUUACUAUAGAAUUACUAUAUACGUCACGUUAAAAACUUCCUUUGAAUACGAUAUUCAAUCAGAGUGGUUUCAAUGACAACCAAUGAGAUAGUAAAAAGUUUUUGACGAACGGGAAUCACUAUAUUAGCUCUCCUAAUUGGAUGUCUUUCACAUCUGCGUAAUGAUAUUUCACGUCGAUGUUUAGUUGAUGUUGUCGCUUCGUAACUUGUACGGUGUCACACUAGAUGAACAAGUAGAUAGUGUUAUUUUUGAUUCUAUAUAAGCCUUUUCUAUUAUCACAUCGAUGUUCAAUACAUACCUCGUUGAUCGCCUAAUCAGGACAUAACGAAGAUAACGUUAGCUCCCUCAGAUGUCGUCUGAUCUACACGAAUGAAUAAGGAACUUUAUAACGUGUCCUAAUUACUCGAUCUCUUUUGAGAUACAUAUCGUUCUACGUCUUGUCGUGUCUCGUUAGUUACUUAUGGUAGCUUAAAUUUAUUAUAUGAAGAACACAUUACCUAUUGAGUGUACGUUGGUUGUUUCCGAUGUAAAACUCGCGAUUCAAGCGUUACUAUAUUUUACUAUAAUUUAAAUUUUAAAAACCAGAAACCAACCUUUACAUCACAUUUUCCUUGGGCAAACUACUCGAUUGUUAUGACUUGUGGCUUAGGUACGAUUAAGAAUGUAUUACUAAAAAAAGUCGAUGUUGCUAAAUUGUGACAUUUUUAACUUAAAAUCUUGCUCUUUUAAGGUCUAAUAAAAUGACUUCGAAAAAGGCUAGUGAAAUUUUGAUAUCUUAAAAAACAUCUAGAUUUGAAAAUAAUACAUUUAAUACGUGACGUUAAAUCUUAUAAAGUCUUUAAAAAACAAGAACUUUAUUGCACACUUAAGAUCUUUUUUCAAAUGUUACUUUCGAAUAUGAUUCGAUUUAAAAAGAUUGUAAGCUUCCGUUUUUUUCUCUUCCGUGUAUAUCUAGAAAAAUGACUCAAUAAACAUAUAAAUUAACAUUUUUAAACUUUCAAGGUACAUCUUGAAUAAUUUGAAAUACCUAGUCUUCCACGAAUGUCGAUUGUAACAUUAACAGCAUAAAAACUGUUUUAAAAUUAGUUAUUUUUUCAUUAAUUUAACCUAAUUAAUUAAAAAACGGAGUGUUGUGACAAGUUAUCUUCUUGCUGUUUUGUGUUUAUAAAUUAUUCAUAUUCUUAAUCACCUCAUAAGUAACCUACCUAUAUUAUGUUGUUUUAAACAUAACGAAUUUA